CUGGCGCUGGCGGCUACCAGCGUCGCGACGUACCGGCAGGAGUGCCGCACCUUCGAACGCUUCUGCGUCGAGCGCGGCAUCUCCGUGCCGGACGCACGCGCGGCCGACAUCAUCGACUACCUGAUUGAGCGGCAGCAGGAAGGGAUCGACGCGCGCACCGCCGCAAAAUCGGUGAGCGCGCUACGCGCCCUGUAUCGAUUCCUGCAGGCAGAGGGCAGGGCUGAGACCAACCCUGCCGCGUUGAUCGAGCCGCCGCGUCCGACGCGGCGGCUGCCCACCGUUCUCAGCCCGUCGGAGGUGGACCGGAUGCUGGCAGCGGUGGACAUGGGCACCCCGUCGGGGCUGCGCGAUCGGGCGUUGUUCGAGAUGAUCUAUUCGUGCGGGUUGCGGGUCAGCGAGGCCGUGGCGCUGCAGGUGACUUCCCUGCAUCGGGAACAGGGGUUCGUCACCGUGUCCGGGAAGGGCGGGCGGCAGCGUCUGGUGCCGCUGAUGGGCGCGGCGCUCGAUUGGGUACAGCGGUACCUGCGUGACGGACGGCCGGCGCUGGCGCGAGACGCCAGCGAGGCGGCGCUGUUCCUCAACCGCUCCGGCCGUCGGCUGACGCGCGCAGGGAUGUGGAAACGGUUCCAGGACGCCGCUGUUCGCGCCGGAGUUGCCGGCAAGCUGCACGCGCUGCGCCACUCGUUCGCGACCCACCUGCUGGGGGGCGGUGCCGAUCUGCGUUCGGUGCAGGAGUUGCUCGGCCAUGCCGACAUCUCCACUACCCAGAUCUAUACUCACCUGGACGCCGCCGAUCUGCGCGAAGCGCAUCGGCGUCAUCAUCCGAGGGGGCCGCACCCCGGAAAGUAA